AUGCCUUCUGAUACUCAGUUACCUCCUAAGGGUCCAAACAAACCAAACCAGCUGCCUACUCCAAGGGGUGAGAAGCGUAAUGCUGAUGGAACAAUCAAGGAACAGCCUGGCCAGGUGCCUCACUUGGGCCUGGCUGCUGGAGAUACCCCUUUGCCAUCAGAUACCCUCGCACUUGCUCCUGAAGGCCAAGAUAGAGACAUGAGUGAGUUUUCAGGGGGGUAUGACACUGAAGGAGAGCUUGGUGCGGAUGAGAUGGAAGAAGAUGAGGAAGAAGAUGAAGAGGAUGAAUCUGAGCGCGAUGACGAAGAUAAACAACAAGAUACCGAAGGUAAAAAGAAGGGAAAGAGACCAGACCGCGACUUUGGUCCGGGCAAUGGCAACGGCAACGGAAAUAGCAAUGGCAACGGUAACGGCCAUGGAAAUGGUGGGGAUGCUGGAGAUGAUGGCUACGAGGGUGAUUCUGAUGACAGUGGAGCGUCUACUGACUGCAACUUUGAUGAUGAUGAAUCCGAUGGAGCUCCCGUCUUUGAGCCAAAUAAUGACGGAGAAGUCCCCAGUCUAGACAGUGUUGACCCUAGGACCUUUGGUGAGAUCGUUUUUGAUACCAUUGAGAGCCAUAUGCAGAGCCGAGUUUGGGUUCCAGAUGAGGAAUCUAUUGCAAUGAUUGAGAACGAGACUGAAGGGAAUAGUCUCUUCCAAAACAACGCCUUUCAACUUCCAGGAGAAGGUAGUAGUUCGUCCGAAAGCGUGCACUACUAUGACCUUGAUGAUCUUUAUUAUGCAGAAUCAGUUGAAGAGACCAGCGAUGAGAGCAAUGAAGAUAGAGAAGGCAAUGGGUCUGAUAAUGAAUCUGAAGCUCAAAUUGAGGAAGCUAGAAACGAGGAUGGUGACGAGGCAACAACAUCUUCCGUUUCUACUGAUGAUACCCACGCUGAUGACAACAACAAUGAUGAUAUGGAGUACAACGAUGAUACCCCAUACCCACACCCCAUUGCUACGGAGGACAUGAAUACCUGGUACACUGAUCCGAUUCUUGCCAAUGUUAUCGGUCAUGAAGCUUUCAACAGACUCUUCCCUGGGCGUAAUACCACCAGCUCCCAGCAGAAUACAGCCAGCAGAACCAGAAUCUGGGAAGAUGAACCAGAGGAUACACCAGAGGAUUUGCCAGAACAGCCAACGUCUCCUAUUAUCAUUGACGACCUUGACACCCCCAGCACCAGUCCCGGGCCUGAAGAGGAAAAUAAGGAGAACAAAUACCCCGAAAGUGAUACCCCAGAAAUGGAGAGCGAGGUUGAGAAUGGUAUCCUGGAAGAAGCCGCUCCAGGUCCAUCUUCCUCCAGUAACCCUCAGCCGUGGGUGAACCGCUAUAGUCCAGUGGAGCCCAGAGAACGCCAGCCAAUGUUCUUCGGAGCUGACCUUCGGCCAGUUCCAUCUUUAGCCGGAAGAGUCCCAGUACUUAACGUCAAUCCAAAUGGCCCAAGAACUCAAGUCCAUGAAUGGUUCGGGGGAGUUGGCGCGAACAUCCAAGAUGUGCCAGAAUAA